AUGGGCGUGGGUGGUAGUACGCUCCAAUCCUCUGAUUCUGUUCCGGUCCCUCCCCCACCUGCACCCAAGACAAUGGCCAACGAGAAGAAUGUCUACUUCGGCACGGAUUCGUUGAAGAAAUACUUCGAUCCAGACUGCCAGCCACCGCUGCCGCUGGUAGAAUUGCCCGAGCAUCUCAAUCCGUUUUAUCAUGACGGUAUCCGGAUAUAUGCCAAGAUGAUGACCAUGCACCCGGCCAACAACGUGAAAAGCAUGCCAGCACCAGCACUUAACAUGCUCGAAUCCAGCGUAGAGCCCAACAAAACCAACACCAUCAUCGAAUACAGUUCGGGGUCUACAGUCAUUUCCAUGUCCAUGAUCGCGCGGGUAAUGCACGGCGUCAACGACACCCGCGCCUUCCUCAGCAACAAAACCAGCGACGCCAAGCUGCGACUAAUGCAAUUCUUCGGACUGAACAUCACGCUCUUCGGCGGGCCCUCGCAACCCGAGCCUAUCGAUAGCCGAGGCGGUAUCCAAAACGCCCGACGCAUGGCCAUGGAAUCCGACGACAUCGUCAACCCCAAUCAAUACGAAAACGACAAAAACUGGCAAUCGCACAUCCGCUGGACCGGGCCACAAAUCUACAAACAACUCCCCGAGAUCAACGUCCUUUGCGCCGGCAUGGGCACCUCCGGCACCAUGACCGGCCUCGGGACGUACUUCAAGAGCGUCAAGCCGUCUGUCAUGCGGCUGGGCGUGUGCACCGCGCCCGGAGACCGGGUGCCAGGCCCGCGGUCCUUUGCGCUGAUGCGGCCGGUCGAGUUUCCCUGGAAAGAAGCUGUAGACGACAUUGAGGAGGUCGGGUCGUCGGAAUCGUAUACACUUUCCCUGCAGUUGUGCCGGGAGGGUUUGGUUUGUGGCCCGUCGUCCGGAUUCAAUCUGCAGGGUCUCUUCCAGAUGCUGUCAAAGCGAAAGAAGCAAGGUACAAUUUCUGAACUGGCGGGGCCGGACGGUCUAGUUCACUGCGUGUUCCUGUGCUGUGAUCUGCCGUACCAGUAUAUCAGCGAGUACUUCCAGAAGCUUGGAACGGAGCAAUUCCCGCCCAUCCGCAAUGAGCGCCUGACGAAGGUCGAUCUCCACCGCUACGAUGAAGCCUGGGAACGCGUCGCCCUGGACGUGCUCCCAGAUAUCUACGGAUCACCGCGGUCCCUAGCUCAAACGCCUCUGCACGAAAUCACCCUGAAGCCACAAGCCCGGGUCCUGGACCUGCGACAGGAACCGGAUUUCCUCGCGUGGCAUCUGCCCGGCUCAAUGAAUGUGCCGCUGCGCAGCCUGGGGCCGGGGACGCCAUCGCCGUUUUCGGACCCGGGCGUGCUGGAGGCGCAGUGGGUGGAGCUGGAGGCGGUGAUGGACCGCCUGGUGCGUGCCAGUGAGCUGGGUUCGACGCACGUUUUGGUCGUCUGCUAUGAUGGGGACACGGCACGCGUGGCGACGAGCGUGCUGCGGGCGCGUGGGGUGGAGGCGGACUCCGUUCGUGGCGGACACACCGCGAUGAAAAUGUAUGGGAUCGGAAAUGAGGCUAUUGAGCCGGUUAAGGUGUCGCAGGCGACGGUUUCGGUGUCGGCGGUGCCCCUUGAUUAA